CACAUAAGAAAGAAGAAGUAAACUGAACCCUAGGAGAGUCUCGGCUAGCUCUCCUUGCAUGGGCUGCAUUGGUUUACAACUAAUGGGCCUCUCAACUAUAUACACGACCCAAAAAAUAUGUACAAAUGAAAACAUCUCAUUCCGUCUAACUGCCUCUCUUAAAUUGACACAUCUAGAGAGCAUUAAUUUCCUUGACAAAUACAAGUGACAACUCGAAGAGAAGACCUCGGUGAGCAGGUCAGCAACUUGAUCUUCACUAGAAAUGUAAUGCAGAGUCAGCACGCCAUCACGAACCAAGUCACAAACAUAAUGAACAUGGUUCUCUAUAUGCUUCGUACAAUCAUGUAACACAAGCUUGACAACAAUAAAAGUACUGUGACUCGUGCUCUUCUUUUGUCCUCCCAUGUUCCCUCUUCCUUAUGGACUGAAAGUGUGGCUACUGUUGUUCGUUUAAUUAACUAUCAGAUCACUCCGGUUCUUGGUCAGGUUAGCCCAUUUUUUAAACUGUUUGGUACUCAUCCUCCUUACUCCAGUCUUCGUGUGUUUGGGUGUCUUUGUUUUGUUCUUCUUCCCCUGUGAGAAUGUUCUAAAAUCACCUGAAAGAAAAUUUGUUGUGCCUUCUUCGUGUAUAGUGAUAUUCUUAAGGGUGACCUUUGUUAUGACUCUAAUAUCCAUCAUCUUCGUAUUUCCUGUAAUGGUGUUCUUCCAAAGCCUUAUGUGUUACACUCCUGCGACUGAUUGUCCACCAUUGUUUGAUCUGUCCUUGAGUCUUCUGUCCUUCCAUGAUGUUGAUGGUGAUGGUCUAGAUGAUGAUAUCGUGCCACUAGACAGCCAGGUGCCCCAUUCUCCCGGCCCCAGCACCCAGUCGUCCUCAUCUUCAUCCACGUCCGACUCAUAUCAGAGGCAUCCUCCCCACCUUCCUCAUCGUCGUUGCCUCCAGCUCCUCAGCUCCGUCGAUCCACUAGAUCAACUUUUGACUAGCCGCCACCUCGCCACCAACAUUUUCUUUCAUUUCAGGUUGCUCCUUCCCAAUUUCCUACACGUUAUGCCGAGGGUGUUGGUGAUCCUGUAUGGGAAAAUGCUAUGACGGAGGAGGUUGAUGCUCUCCAUGCAAACCACACUUGGGACCUUGUACCCCGUCCUCCUCCCACGGUACAUGUGAUUGGAAGUAAAUGGGUAUAUAACGUGAAGGAGCUUUCCGAUGGCUCUAUCGAACGGUUUAAAACUCGUGUGGUGGCUCAGGGAUACAGUCAGGAGUAUGGUAUUGAUUUUGAUGAGACUUUUUCUCAUGUGGCCGAGAUGGUCACCGUUCGAUGUUUAUUGGCGGUGGCGUCUUUGCGGGGGUGGCCCGUGUAUCAGCUUCACGUGAAGAAUGCGUGUGUUGAAGGAGACAGUCUAUAUGGAGCGGCCUCCGGGAUACUGACUUGGCAAGCCUGAUCAGGUUUAUCUUCUUCGUCGGUCACUCUAUGGGUUGAAGUAGUGAUAGACCGUUAAUUACACAUGUUUUUACCCCUGUUCUUACACCGUUUGAGAUGUGAUUUCUCGUGUUUUAGGCCGAUUUCACGCUAGGUUGUGCUUGUUUGUGAUAUUUCAGGUCCUAGUACGUGAAUGGAGGCUUGGGAGCGAGUUUGGGGUCGAUUGGACGAAGAUCGGGCGCGAGGCAAGUCACAAAGGAGGCCACACGGGCACACCCACAACUCACACGGUCGUGCAAGUGACCACUUUGGCCGUGUGAGAUUGUGCGAGAGAAAACACGGCUUGCCCUGAUGUUCACACGGCCGUGUGAAGGAGUGGUUUGGCCGUGCGAGUUUCGCCGAGAGCAAACACGGGCAGAUGGAAAUCUCACACGGCCGUGCGACCCUGGCUGUGUGAGAAGCCAGAAGAUUGAACUAAUUGGAACGAAGCGUUUUGACUCACACAGGCAACUGGGUAUGCCAUACAGCCGUGUGGCCCUGCCUGCGUGAGUCGGGAUUUCCUGGUUUUAACCCAAUUUCGGGCUGCAAGAGAGGGAAUCGGACUUUAUGAGCAAAAACCCCUAGAGAGAGAAAGGACAAAGAACACAUCCUAGAAGCCAUCUUGGAGCUGGGUUUCAUCAAAUCAAGCUUGGAGAUCGUCAUAAGAGUGGAAAUCAUCAUCCCAGAGCAGAUUCUUCCCAUAAUUAUGAGUAUGAUUGCUUUGUAUCUUGUUUUCUUCUCUAUCUCUAUGGAGUAGAACCCCUCUCUCACUUGGGGAUGAAGAACCCUAGUUCUAUGUGUUAGGGAUUGAUUGUAAUGACUUGGGAUGAUAUUACUGUUUGAUUUUAAUCGAAUGAUGCAUGUUUAUUGAGUCAAUUGAAGUCUGAUCAACUUUUCCUGAUUCCUGCUGCAAUCUGAGAUAGAUAGAAUCUGAUUAGGUUGCUAGAGUCUCAUCAUUCGAUAGUAGGAGAUUGGCUAUACGAGAGUUAGCCAGUUUACUGCUUUGUACUGGAAUCCAAUUCCAGUAGUGGAGUUCUGUUCUUACUGCUUCAGCUUUCUAUCCCGGUGAAGACUAGUCGUCUGCCGGGUAGUUAGACUGAGAGGGCUUGGUCAGCUUAAGAGAUUCCAAGCUACUGUCGGAUCUUCCGCAGUCUAAUCAACAGUAAAUCAACCCAGGGAAAUACAAUUGAAACCUAACUAAGGAGCUAGGGGGACUCAUUCCCGAGUGACUCUUUCCUGCUUGAGAAAACCGAAUAAUUUCCUGCUUUCUUUCUGCUUUUGCUUUUAAACAACAAUCACUUACUUUAGUUGGCUAGAUAAUAGAGAAUCACUGUGUAA